UGUAUGAAGCAUGCAUCCAGACGUGACUCCAAUGGCUGCGGCUGUGUGUGUGUGUGUGCGAGUCGCUUCGCAACCAAUAGAGAGCGUCCGAGAUUAAUCCGUGCGUGUGUGUGGCUGAGGUUGCGCACCCCCUCUGAAAUACUGUCAUAUGACUCAGAUAACUGAUCCAUGGAGUUACCCAGCUUCAACUCUCCACCAUGGCCACACAGCAAAGCCAAAUGGGACGCGCUCUGUACCUGUGAAACGGUACAUCAUGGCUCCAACUCUCCUCCAACGGCUUUUCUGCAAAAAAGCCAAUGCGGCGUCUUCGAGAGAUUAUAAAGGACCGGAUCUCUGCUGGGCGUCGUCCGAAUUGGACCUGAACCAGAUCCGCUUGAUCGUCUACCAGGACUGCGAGCGCAGGGGACGCCAGGUUCUGUUCGACUCCAAAGCCAUCCGCAAGCUCGAUGGAUCCGACCCGAAGAGCGGGGAGGAGGCGCAGGCCAAGGCGCAGGGCCGGUGCUACCAGGCCAGCCGCAGCGGGGCCUGCACCAUCAACACGCCCGGGACGUCCGGCGACCGGGACCCCCCGCCCAGCUACCAGUACACGAGACCAGCGUCAGAUGUCAACAUGCUCGGGGAGAUGAUGUUUGGCUCGGUUGCCAUGAGCUACAGGGGCUCCACGCUGAAGAUACAUUAUAUACGCUCUCCUCCCCAGCUGAUGAUCAGUAAAGUGUUCUCCACCAGAGUUGGCAGCACAGCGAGCAGCUCGAGCACGUUACAGGACAGCUUUGAGUACAUCCAGCAGGAGUCUGGGAAGUCCUGUCCCAGCCAGAGCGGCUUGACCAGCCAGAGCGGCAGCAGCAUAGGAGCGGCUUCGCUUUACAGGGCGGGGGUGCCGCCCCCCGCCCCCCCUGCCCCCCCCGCCGUCCCGCUCCGCCUCAUUCGGAGCGCCUCUUUCUUUGCAGCUCACAGCACCCCCGUGGACAUGCCGAGCCGGGGUCACAGCGAGGACCGGGACAGCGGCAUCGCCCGAUCAGCGUCGCUGAGCAGCCUGCUGGUCACGCCCCUCCCCUCCCCCGGCUCCUCCCUCUCCAGCGGCUGUGCCAGCAGCUACCAGCGCCGCUGGCUACGCAGCCAGACCACCAGCCUGGAGAACGGACCAAUGCCGCGCUGGAGUAUCGAGGAGACCUUCAGCCUGUCGGACGAGAGCUGCAGCUCGAACCCGGCCAUGGUGCGGCGGAAGAAGAUCGCGGUCAGCAUCGUCUUCUCCCUCCCCGAGAAGGAGGAGGAGAACAAGAGCUUCCAGGAGUUCUUCUUCUCGCACUUCCCGCUCUUCGAGUCCCACAUGAACAAGCUGAAGACCGCCAUUGAGAAGGCCAUGAUCCUGUGCAGGAAGAUAGCGGAGUCCAGCCAGCGGGUGCAGGUGUACCUGUGUCGAGUCAUGGACGCUCUCGGGGAGUUCCGGACGACGGUGUGGAACCUGUACAUGGCCCCGCGGAUCACGGAGCCCGUGUGGCUGACCAUGGUGUCCCAGAGUGCCGAGAAGAGCCCGCUGUGUCAGCGCUUCCUCCGGGAGCUGACCGCUCUCACCGAGAACACCGCCAAGAGCCAGUUCCUGUCCUCCCUGCUCACGGCCGUGUUGACCUAUCACCUGGCCUGGGUGCCCACGGUCAUGCCCAAUGACCACCCGCCAAUCAAGUCCUUCGCUGGAAAGCACACCUCCCUGUCGGUGGACAUGUUGGCCAAGUCCCAUCCUUACAACCCCCUCUGGGCACAGCUUGGUGACCUGUACGGCACGCUGGGCUCCCCGGUGCGGCUGGCGCGGACGGUGGUGGUGGGGAAGCGGCGGGAGCUGGUCCAGCGGGUGCUCUACGUGCUCACCUACUUCAUCCGCUGCUCGGACCUGCAGGAGAACGUGCAGCGGGCCCAGGGCGGGGCCGAGAGGGACGCCGCCGCGGCCGGGAUCACCACCACGCUGGAGCGGGGCGAGGUGGAGGAGUCCGAGUACGUGGUGGUCUCCGUGCGGAGCGAGCAGGCCGAGGGGGAGAAGGGCGGGGCCGCAGAGGACGGUCACGGUCAGGCCCAGAAGGACAGCCAAUCAGAGAGACCCGACGAGGAGGAGGAGGAGGAGGCCACGCCGCCUCCCGCUGCCCCCCGCAGUCCCGUGCCGGGGGUGGGGCAGGAGCAAACGGAGGAGGCGUUGCCCCCCGCCCCGUUGGGGGAGAGGCCCUGUCCCAGACUCUUGCCCCAGGAGAGCCCACUCCUGCACAGGGUCAAGUUCCAGAUCGGGAGCUCGGAGUCGCCGGACUCGGACCUGGAGUCCCGGCAGAGGGAGGUGGACAGGAGCUACUGCUGCUUUAGGGACGGCCUGGCGGAGGAGUCCGAGACGGAGGCGGAGCCUGAGGACGCCGCGCCCAAGCCCCGCCCACAGCGUGGCGACUGCCGUGCCGGGGCACACGGUGGCCUGGUGGGGGGCUGGACUGAGGGGUUGGGGGGCCAAAUGGAGGGCAGAACUGAGGGGUUGGGGGACCUGGUGGAGGGCAGGACUGAGGGGUCAGGCUUCGCAGAGAAGCCCCGUUCUCAGGGACAGAGCGCAGUGCGUGUUCUGGCAGACAGGGCGGCGCCAGUGAGGAUUUGCCCGGGGUGGUGUGCUCCCUAUGGGAGCGGGGGCAGGAAGCUGCCCCUCAGGCUGCAGGCGGACAUCCGGCGGAACGAGAGUUCGGACAGCGCCCUGGGGGACAGCGACGAGGAGGAGGUCACGGCAGAGCAGUCACCCCGACAGGAGCAGCUCCAAGAGGAGCAGGAGCUUCCGCUGCUCAGGACGGAAACAGUCAGCAGGCCAGAUGUGAACAAUUUCGGCAGGUCUCUGUUUGGGGGCUACUGUCCCCAGUACAUGCCGGACUUCGUUCUGCACGGGACCAGCUCCGACGAGAGGCUCAAGCAGUGUCUGCUGGCAGAUCUGGAACACACCGUGCUGCACCCGGCCCUGGAUGAGCCAAUCGCGGAGGCCGUGUGCAUCAUCGCUGACACGGACAGGCUGAGCGUCCAGGUGGCCACCAGCCAGCGCAGGACCACCGACCCCGGCAAACUGGGCAAGGAGGUGCUGGUGUCCAGCCUGGUGACCCACCUCCUGCAUUCCCUGCUGCAGCUCUACAAGCUUCACGUGUCUCCUGACUUUUGUAUCAUGCAUCUGGAGGAUCGGCUACAGGAAGUGUACUUCAAAAGCAGGAUGCUGGCAGAGUAUUUAAAGGGACAGACCCGGGUCCACGUGAAGGAACUUGGUGUAGUCCUGGGGAUCGAAUCCAACGACCUCCCGCUUUUGGCCGCCGUGGCGAGCACGCAUUCGCCGUACGUGGCCCAGAUCCUACUGUGAGCUGGAGCAUCAGGCCCCGCCCCCUCCCGCCAGGCCACGCCCCUACACCAUGCCUCGCCCUACGAGGAACCGCUCUUCCCACAUUAACUGUCUUCACCCUCAGAGGACAGAGAGGAUGACGAGCUCAUAUUCGGUGUGGGGGAUCCCCCCCCCCCCCUCCCCCCACACACACGUGGGACACGGGACAUUGGAGCAAACCCAGCGCCUGCUUGCAUUGAAGCAAAAAAAAAAACUGAAUUCAAGUACAGUAAAAAAAAAAAAAGACAAUUGAUUCAGUCUUGGACUAGCAAUUAACAUGGAACGCUGGGUGGUCGUUAUAUAAGCUGAUAUUGCUCGUUUUAAUUUUCUUUUUGUAUCUGUGAUAUUUUUUCAUGUUUUUAUACAAAGGGAUGAAACUUCUAAGAAAGGUGUUUUAAGGGAAAGAGCUGUUUGAGUAAACGUUUACAUGAGGUGAGAAUCUGGUAUCUUACAGUACAUAUUAGGCUGACACUAAUGGUCUGUUAUGCCAUUCUUAAUUUCUUUUCUUUCCGAUAAGUCGAGUGUUAAUGUCUGCACAAAAAAAUGUCACAAUUCUGUAUGCUUAAUGAUGUCUUAAUUUGUAUUUUUUUGCAGCUUUUUUUUUUUUUGGGUUCUUGUUUGAAAAUCAACUUGAUAACACGAGCAGUCUUUACAUUUCCUUGGGCAUUUAAUGAAAUGCGGAUCAUCGAGCUUAAGAAUGCUGAACGGUAAACUUAUUUUAUUUUAACCUUUUUCUUGGACGCAAAUGCAGUUUAAAAAAAACAAAAAUGGAUUCCGUAUUCCAGAAGCAAGUUGUGUUUGGGUCUGUGCUGUCAGAGGCCAGGUAGACAGGUAGACAGCACCUGAAGCUGCUGACCUUCCCCUUCAGCUGACGGGCACCCUGGAUGGCCCUGUCCGUGUGUUGUUAUGGAAACAGCAUUUGCAUUAUAAACCACGCCCCCCUCAGUCAGGCGGGGCAAAUGGACAUGUACCUGCUUCCUAAGGCAACACUUCCACUGUGAGCAUGAGAGGGAAGGACGCGAUCACUGACCGAUUUAAACCAAUCGUUUUGCUCCGCCGUCGAGAGCAAAGUCUUUUGAUUGGUCCAAGUGUGUCUGAUUGACAGCUUACUGUGGUGCUGCCCACUUUGGGAUUCAUGAAACCUCACUCUUCCACCACUACUGUGGGGGAAUGGAGCUUCGCUCCGUCUGCUUUUAUACAGGGAUUCAAAACGGUUUCCAAACAGACAAAUGAAAACUCAGAAAACCAUCCAGCUAGCUGGGCUUUUGUAUUGUUUAUAUUUAUGGCUUAUUUCAUGUACAAUUUCCUGGAGAAAAAAAAAGAAGUUUUUUUCAGAAUUACAGUCAUAGUACAAACUUCAUUAACAUUUUUCCCAAAAAAUUGCUGGCUUUUAUUAUUGUUGAUUCUUGAAAACAAAUUAAGAAUAGCUGUUCUUUUUUUUUUUAACCUUUUUUGUCUUAUUUCGCUUUGUUUACACUAAACCCUACCUCAGUUGGCAGGAUUCGAACCCGUCUUAUCUCGUCUGAAGGCUUGAGCCUCUUUAUGAGACGCUCGUUUCCUCCCCAAGGUUCCAUUUCCUGUCGUGUAAAAGGGGGCGGAGCAGAGCACUCUGGAACGGUCCGCGGUGCUGCGAGAUGCGGUCCCUCACUGUGUUAGCGUGUAUGUGGUGCAGGUGUGUGUGGAGCGGGGUCAGCCAGCUGUUCUGCGCUGCAGUGUGUGUAUGGAGAAGCGUGCUCACGGGGCCUCAUUCGAGAACAUGCCUGUGUCGUGCCUGUGACGCUCAUUCCUUGUAUCUUUUCGUUUCGUUCAGUAUUGCUUCGUGAUGUUUCAAGGCAAACACACGGCACGUUUAAUAAACGAAGGUAAUUUGAAUUACAA